AAUAAUAUUAUAAUAAUAUCAACUCUUACUUACAUAAUUGACCUCUACUCGAAACCUACCAACAUCAUUUUCUCUCCCCAUUAAUAUCUAACUCCCUAACCUCACUGACCAUUGUCAAGUUAUAAUAAAAAAUAAAAAUAAAAACUCCAAAAUUCAUAAAUAAAUAAAGAGUUAGCUGGUACGAGAUUAGAAAGGUGAGGUUUAAACUUUACAGCAAAGUAAAUGCAAGUCCAAUCCAUCAAAGCCAAGCUAUUCCGCACCAACAACACAGCACCACUAACAACCGCGCUGAACCACCCACCCACCACCGUGAACAAAAGAGCAGCAGAACAGAGCUGCUUAGCUCUCCUCCAGACAUGCGACUCUCUCCCCAAGCUCACCCAACUCCACGCCCACAUCCUCAAAUUGGGUCUCCGAAACAACCCACUGGUCAUCACCAAAUUCACUUCCACAGCCUCCGACCUCCACGCCAUCGGCUACGCAUCGGACUUCGUGUUCACCUCCGAUGCCGAUACCCGGCUCUACGACACAUUCCUUUUCAAUACUGUAAUCAGAGCUUAUGCUCAAACAAGUAACACCAAGCACAAUGCCGUUUAUUAUUAUAAAGUUAUGCUUGAACACUCAGUUUUGCCCAAUAAAUUUACAUACCCAUUUGUCCUAAAGGCCUGUGCUGGUAUUGGGAGCUUGAAUUUGGGUAAACAGGUUCAUGGGUCGGUGGUGAAAAUUGGGUUUGAUACUGAUCUUCAUGUUCAGAACACUAUGGUUCAUAUGUAUUGUAGCUGUGGAAGUGGGGUUGAGUUUGCUCGGAUGGUGUUUGAUGAAAUGCCCGUGUCGGAUUCUGUGUCAUGGAGUGCGAUGAUUGGUGGGUACGCUCGGUUGGGAAUGUCAACUGAUGCGGUUGAAUUGUUUAGAAGAAUGCAGAUUUCUGGGGUUCGUCCAGAUGAGAUUACAAUGGUUUCGGUUUUGUCUGCUUGUACUGAUUUGGGUGCACUGGAGCUUGGGAAAUGGGUUGAGUCUUACACUGAGAAGGAAAAGGUUCAUAAAAGUGAGGAGCUUUGCAAUGCACUUAUUGACAUGUUUGCUAAGUGUGGUGAUGUAAAUAAAGCAUUGAGGUUGUUUAGAAACAUGAAAGAGAGAACAAUUAUUUCUUGGACUUCUGUGGUUGUUGGUAUGGCAAUGCACGGUCGUGGUUUGGAGGCUGUUUCAUUGUUUGAGGAGAUGAAAGGAGCUGGGAUGGUUCCAGAUAGUAUUGCCAUUAUUGGUUUGCUUUCUGCUUGUAGUCAUUCCGGGUUAGUUGAGGAAGGUAGGUUAUACUUCAAUUCAAUGACAAAGGAUUUUGGAAUUGUACCUAAAAUAGAGCACUAUGGGUGCAUGGUGGACCUAUUGAGCAGAGCUGGACUCGUCAAAGAGGCACUAGAGUUUGUUCAGAAAAUGCCCAUUGAGCCAAACCAGAUAAUUUGGCGAACCUUGAUCACUGCAUGCCGUGUCAAUGGUGAGCUGAAUCUCGGAGAAAGCUUAUCUAAACAGCUAAUCAGAAAUGAGCCAAUGCAUGAGUCAAAUUAUGUACUACUUUCCAAUAUUUAUGCGAAAAUGUCUCGUUGGGAAAAGAAAACAACGAUUAGAGAGGUAAUGGAGAAGAAAGGUAUGAGAAAGAUCCCUGGGAGCACUAUGAUUGAGCUGGACAACGAAAUUCAUGAAUUUGUUGCAGGAGAUAAAACGCAUAACCAGUACAAAGAGAUUUACGAAAUGCUGGAUGAGAUGGGGAGGAAGAUGAAGAGGGCUGGAUACGUUCCUACAACUUCAGAAGUGUUCCUUGAUAUUCAUGAAGAAGAUAAGGAAGAUGCUUUAAACAGGCAUAGUGAAAAGCUGGCUAUUGCUUUUGCCCUUCUGAAGACACCCCCUGGAACUCCUAUUCGAAUUAUGAAGAAUUUGCGGGUCUGUGAGGAUUGUCAUUCCGCUACUAAAUUCAUCUCCAAGAUUUAUAAUCGAGAAAUAGUGGUGAGAGACAGAAAUCGGUUUCACCAUGUCAGUAACGGGCUGUGUUCAUGUAAAGACUUCUGGUAGUUAACCGGUUUUAGAUUCAUGACCUAAAGAUCAUUCACUGUGAAUCAUUGUUUUGCUGUCGGAUGUAUCCAAUGACCAUUAAGAUGUAGGACUGUAAAGAUCAUGUGUGUUGUCCGGCCUCAUGAUCAUUGAUUGGAAUCUUAUCUUCAUUUGGACAAAUUCUUCAAGCCAAUUUAAUGUUUAGAGAUUGGCAAACUGAGGGAUCUAUCUCCAGGGAAAAAUACUAAUGCAAUUAUGCAAGAAACCUAUGCAAGACAGAAUUCGAGGUUGAUGCUGUUGGCUUGAGUUUUAUCAUUCAAUAAUUGAUGUUAUGCUUCGACUGAUCUGCACUGUGUUAAGAGGCUUGCUGGGGGCCAAAAAGCAGAAUGCAACAGUCAGGUAAUUCAAAUACUUAGGAGGGUAUGCUUUUUUACAGCUAAGGAAGCUAUGUUCUGAAACUUGAUGAAAGCUCACUAAUAUGAAUCUCUGUACAAUUUAGAAUUACUUAAAUUAUAACUGGUUCAUGGUUCACCAUAAUUAUGAAUUGGAGCUCAUCCCAUUAUGUUUUAA